AUGUGGGGCAAAGCGAUCAUCGUCGUGCUGUUGGCAUUCUUGGCAAAUUUCUACAUGGGCGGCCGCGAGUACGGCUGGUCAGACUUGCAUCUCGCCGCUUACGACGGCGACCUCGAGAGGGUCAACGAGCUCUUGGCGGCGGGCGCGGAUCCGAACGCGGUGGCGUUUUUCCCGAACGACUUCACGCCGCUCCACGCCGCCGCGGACCACGGCAAUGAAGUCGAACACCCCGACCGCAAACCGCGGCUCGGCGCGCACGCGGCCGUCAUCUCGGCGCUCGUCGCAGCAGGGGCGGACGUCGACGCGGUCAUGAACUACAGGCCGUUCACGGAGGCCGAGCACACCCCGGUCAUUCAUGCAGCGGUCGGCAUACAUUGCGACUGCCUCGACGCGCUGCUCAUCGCGGGGGCCGAUCUGGGCGGGCAGGCGACGACGGCGCUCGACUUCUUGGUCAGCAGCGGCGCCCCUGGCGCGGCGACCUGCGUCAGGUACCUGCUGGAGCACAGCCCAGACCUGCCGACUCGCCCCGGCGCGGUGAUGGAGAACGGUGACACCUUCCUCGACACGCUGAAGAAAGCUCACGACCACGGAGCCUUCGAUGAUACCCCCGAGGAGUACGCGGCGAUCUACGGACUUCUGAGCGGCACUGUAGCGGUACAACCAAGGCCCGGAGCGCACGUCCCGCCCCGGUGCAAAGACGGCACGUUCCUAUCUGGAUACUUUGAGCGACGCGACGACAACUACGGCACGGCCCUGAUGAUGGCUGUUACCCACGGGAAUACGAUCGUCACAGAAUGUAUCCUCGACAAUGGCGCCGACCCUAAAAGAUGUCUUGAUAUGGGGCGGUACACCGGAGAUGAGGAAUGUCACUUCCCCCUGCUAUGGGCGUGUGAAAAGAAUAACCAAGAAAUCGUCGAUCUGCUCUUGGCGCACGGGGCAGAUGUCACGCCGACUUGGCCAGCCCGGAACUGCGCGCAGAGCACGUAUUCCUGUCUGCACUUUGCUGCUCGCAACAACAACCCCUUCCUCGUGGACGUCCUGCUGGCCCACGGCGCGCCAGUUGACCAACCGACGGCCAGAAAUGUUUCACCGCUGUUCAUCGCUUGCCAGAAAGGCCACGCGGAGGUCGCGCAGAAACUCCUGGACGCUGGCGCGGACCCGCACAUGGCUCGGGAUGACGGCGCCAUCGCGUGCGGUAAGAAUCACGAGGAGUUCGCUGGUAAGAAUCACACUUAAAAACACACAAA